UGGGUCUCUCCCCUAAAACACACAGCAAUGAAUGAGGGUCGCUCAACUGGUGCAAUCAUUGUAUUAUAAUCUUUCAGUCCACUGAGUUUGUUUUGCUUCCUCUUCACUCGGUACACUGGCUGGAGGACUCUGGUGGUGGCAGCACGGGCGGCAGGCAGCGUCGUAACCGCUGCUGGUAACUCGUAGAAGAAGUCGAAAUUCCGGAUUGGAGAACAGCGACAAGAAAACAGAAUGGAAGAGAAUAAUAAUCUCGAGAAUCUGGACGCACGUCUUCAAGUGCUGGAAAAACGCAUUUACGGCGAAAGAGAAGGAAAAAACAAUAAGCCCGUGAAGUGUGCUGAAUCGCUGGCAAGGAUCAGUGCUGCUCUGGCAAACACCGCAAACAAGAGAGAGCGUGUCAAGAUCCUUCACAAGAAAAUUGAAGAUUUGCUCAAGUAUUUAGACCCACAGUUCCCUGACUUCAUUGCCAUGCCGGAUGCAAUGAAACUGGAGUUUAUUCUGGCAGAGGAAGAGUUUUUGCGAUCUCAGGCUACACUACUGGAGAAGGUGCACAAUUUGCAACCACUUCUGGACAGUAAUCACAUUAAAGCGGUUCCAGAUCUGACCACUAAAGUGCAGCGGCUAUCACAAAGUCACAUUCAACAGCAGGACCAGAAUGAAGAGAUGUCUGGUGAAGUGAAAAGGCUGUUUGAAGAAUACAACAAAAUGAUGUUUCUUUUAUCAAAACAGUUCUCACAGUGGGAUGAAACCCUUCGGAAGCUGGAAGGAUCCAAGCAAGGCCAACAGAUAGAUUAGGAUAGUAAUACAUAAAUUGAUGUUUCAUUGUAGAAUGUUGCAUUUUGCACUCUGGUAAUGUUUUUGCCUAUUUCUCUUUAUCAGUGAUAUGAUUAAUAUUUAAAAACAAACAAACACUAUUAUUACUUAAAAUAUACAGUUUUUAUUAAGUUUUGGUAAGUAAUAAUGUAAAGAAAUGGUCCUCUUACUGCAUUAUUAACAAUGACAUGCUCCAAACCUUCUCCUAUAAGAGUUGGGAAAUCUUCAUUUUUGGAACUCUUUUUGUUCUUAUUUAUUCCAGCAAUUUUUAGGAUGUUUGGUGUGUAUGAAGGUGGCAUUUUUGUAUGGCAUUUUUCCAGCUAAUAGAAGUGACCAUAAAUAAACCAAAAAAGGACAAAUAAAGUGCUGUAGUUGUAUUUGUCAUUUUACAUAUUUUACUAUGUAAAUGUACUAAUAUACAUUUCCCAGUUUGUGAGCAUGAUGAACACAAGCUGACCCACUUUAACAGCUUAAAGUAUUACAAUCAAAUGGCAUGACACGACACAAGACAUGAGAAUACUUUUGUCUUAUCCUUGAAUGUCUUUUUUUUUUUUUACAUUGUUAUGGAAUGCAAACUUUUCUUUUAAAAGUACAACACACACAUAUCUGUGAAAAUAUUGUCAUUUCAGACUGCGUUCAAUUUCAAUACACACAACAUUUUUAUUAUAUUUUUGUUGGUUAUUUUUGGGUGAAAACAACACAACUAAUUUACAUGAGUUAUAUAAAAU